AAUUUUGAAAAAAAAAUUACUAGACGACAGACGAACAAGGCAAAAUCAUCUUGAAUUUUUUGUUUAUAAAAUUUUAUUUAGAAAAUUGAUUUUAUCAGAAUCAAGAAAAACGUGAAAUUUUAUUGAUAAAAAAGAGACAAAUUCAAAAAUUAACAUUGUUAUGCUAAUUAAAUAUAUUAGAAAAGAAGAAACAAUUGGCCACGCUGCUCAAAAAAAUUCGGUUUCGGACGAAAAAUCAUAAAAAAACUAGAAAAGAAAAACAUGUCGGAGACAUACGAUUAUUUAUUUAAAUUUUUAAUCAUAGGAAGUGCUGGCAGUGGAAAAAGUUGUCUGCUGCAUCAUUUUACCGAAGCUAAAUUUAAAGACGACAGCUCCCACACUAUUGGAGUUGAAUUUGGUUCACGUAUUGUUAAUGUUGGUGGAAAAGCAGUUAAACUACAAAUAUGGGAUACAGCCGGUCAAGAACGUUUUCGUUCAGUCACACGCUCCUAUUAUCGAGGAGCAGCUGGUGCCCUAUUAGUUUAUGAUACAACAUCAAGAGAUUCCUUCAACGCUCUAACAAAUUGGCUUAACGAUGCUCGCACAUUGGCCAGUCCAAAUAUUGUUAUACUUUUGGUAGGUAAUAAAAAGGAUUUAGAAGAAGCUAGAGAUGUAACAUUUUUGGAAGCGAGUUCCUUUGCACAAGAAAAUGAAUUAAUUUUCCUUGAAACCAGCGCAAAAACUGGUGAAAACGUCGAAGAGGCCUUCCUUAAGUGCUCGAAAACUAUUUUGGCCAAAAUUGAAACUGGUGAAUUGGAUCCAGAACGUAUUGGAAGUGGCAUACAAUAUGGAGGAGCAGCUUUAAGAAACCUCGAAAGCAGACAACGAAGUGUUAAUAAACCAGAUUGCGGAUGUCGGUUAUAAGUUAAGUGCAUAAAUGUUAUUUUUAUUAUUAUUACUUUUUUUUUUAAAUACAGAACAAAUUAUACAUUUAUUAUAAAUUAUACUUAUAUUUAAGAGAUAUUCUACGUUUUUAACACAAAAAAAAAAACAAAUUCAUUCCUUUUGUAGAUUUUGUUCUUAACAUUGUUUCCUCUUUCCUGUACCUAAUGAUCUAGGCAUAACAACAAAAUUGAUUGCCAUCUCCUUGAUAUGAAAUGCAAAACAAAAUGUUAACAAAUUUUAUUUCAUUUAAUUGAUUCUCAAACUAAAUUCAGUAUAAAUUAAAAAUUAUUUGAUAUGUUUUCAAUUUUACUAGCAAAGUAAGAUAAAUAUUAUAAUUUAAAGAAAAAAAAAGUGUGAUUGAAGAAAAAAGUUGGCUUACAUAAGUAGUUUUUUUCUAUAUGUUUAAACAAAACAAAAAUAAUUGAGUCUCUCUUUUUAUCUAUACAUUCUUUAAAAUAUUAAAACAAAUAUAAGUUACAUAAAUAUAUACAUAUAUUCAUAACAAUGGGCAAUUAUACAUAUUUGAAAUCCCAAAAUUAUGUAGGUGUCACUUCAAAUUUUAAUGAACAAUUAAAAACAAAAAAAAAAAAAAAACCAAGGGACUAAAUAUUUGUUUUUGUAAAUAAAGCUUAAUUUUUUCUUGAAAAAACAAAAACUGUUAUUUUUAGAAAAAUAAAGAAAAAAUAGUAACUA